AUGGGCGGAUGGAAGGGGCCGGGGCAGCGCCGGGGAAGGGAAGGGCCGGAGGAGCGGCGGCGGGCGGCCGAGAGGGGCGGCGGCGGCGGCGGCGGGAUUCCCGCGCUGCUGAGCCCGGCCCGAGAGCCCUUUCCAUCUCCCUGCCUCCUGCUCCCGCCGCCCCGGGGCGCCGCCAUGACGCCCGAUCUGCUCAACUUCAAGAAGGGAUGGAUGUCAAUCUUGGACGAGCCUGGAGAGGGUUUUGGAAUGUCCACCUUGGGAGUUCAGCCGGCCCAGCCCCUUGGCCCCCUCCCCUCGCUCACUGCCACCUCUUCUUCACAGUGGAAGAAGCAUUGGUUUGUGCUGACAGAUUCAAGCCUUAAGUACUACAGGGACUCCACCGCUGAGGAGGCCGACGAGCUGGAUGGCGAGAUUGACCUGCGCUCCUGUACAGACGUCACCGAGUAUGCGGUACAGCGAAACUAUGGCUUCCAGAUCCAUACCAAGGAUGCUAUCUAUACCUUGUCGGCCAUGACCUCGGGUAUCCGGCGAAACUGGAUCGAGGCUCUGAGGAAGACCGUGCGACCCACCUCUGCCCCGGAUGUCACCAAGCUCUCGGACUGCAACAAGGAGAACACGCUGCACGGCUGCAGCACCCAGAAGGGCUCCCUGAAGGCCGGGGAGCAGCGGGGGGGCUCUGAGGUCAUCGGUCGGGGCAGCCCGAGGAAGGCGGAUGGGCAGCGGCCAUCCCUGGACUACGUGGAGCUCUCCCCGCUGACGCAGGGCUCCCCGCAGCGGGUCCGCGGCCCGGCCCGCACCCUCGACCGCCCGGCCAAGCAGGAGGAGCUCGAGCGGGACCUGGCCCAGCGCUCCGAGGAGCGACGCAGGUGGUUUGAGGCCACGGACAGCCGGCCCCUGGAGACCGCGGCUGGUGAGGGGCCGCGCCGGGGCCUGGGUGCCCCCCUGACGGAGGACCAGCAGGGCCGGCUCAGUGAGGAGAUUGAGAAGAAGUGGCAGGAGCUGGAGAAGCUGCCCCUGCGGGAGAACAAGCGGGUGCCUCUCACCGCCCUGCUCAACCAAAGCCGCGGGGAGCGCCGGGGGCCUCCGGGUGAUAGCCACGAGGCCCUGGAGAAGGAGGUCCAGUCUCUUCGUGCUCAGCUGGAGGCAUGGCGUCUUCAGGGAGAGGCUCCUCAGCGUGCACCCAGGUCCCAGGAGGACAGCCACGUCCCCCCAGGCUACAUCUCGCAGGAAGCGUGCGAGCGCAGCCUGGCCGAGAUGGAGUCCUCACACCAGCAGGUAAUGGAGGGGCUGCAGAGGCACCACGAGCGUGAGCUGCAGCGGCUGCAGCAGGAGAAGGAGUGGCUCCUGGCCGAAGAGACGGCGGCCACGGCCUCAGCCAUUGAAGCCAUGAAGAAGGCCUACCAGGAGGAGCUGAGCCGGGAACUGAGCAAGACACGGAGUCUCCCACAGGGCCCCGAUGGCCUUCGCAAGCAGCACCAGUCAGACGUGGCGGCGCUGAAGCGGGAGCUGCAGGUGCUGUCGGAGCAAUACUCGCAAAAGUGCCUGGAGAUCGGGGCCCUGACGCGGCAGGCGGAGGAGCGGGAACACACGCUGCGGCGCUGCCAGCAGGAGGGCCAGGAGCUGCUGCGCCACAACCAGGAGCUGCACGCCCGCCUGUCAGAGGAGAUCGACCGGCUGCGUGGCUUCAUUGCCUCGCAGGGCACGGGAGACGGCUGUGGGCGCGGCAGCGAGCGGAGCUCCUGUGAGCUGGAGGUGUUGCUUCGAGUGAAGGAGAAUGAGCUCCAGUACCUGAAGAAGGAGGUGCAGUGUCUCCGGGAUGAGCUGCAGAUGCUACAGAAGGACAAGCGCUUCACCUCGGGGAAGUACCAGGAUGUGUAUGUGGAGCUGAACCACAUCAAGACCCGGUCGGAGCGGGAGAUCGAGCAGCUGAAGGAGCACCUGCGCCUCGCCAUGGCUGCCCUGCAGGAGAAGGAAUCCAUGCGCAACAGCCUGGCCGAGUAGAGGUCCUGGUGGCCCAGCCCCGCGGCAGACCAUCCCCCGGCCUGAGGGGGCCAGUCAGUCGCCCUCCUUCCUGCUGGAUGGAAGUCAGAAGCCAAGCUUUCUCCCCACCCUCUGUGGGCCGCACGUGCACUCACACCCACCACACACAGACACACACGCACACACACGCACACACACACACACUCUGCGUAUCUGAGCGCGCCCCUCGCACUGGGUCUUACCUUGCACCUUCUUCAGGAUUUUAUAUGUGAAGAGAUUUUUAUAUAGAUUUUUUUCCCUUUUUUUUUCCCCCCAAAACACUUUAUACUUUGAAGAAAGCAAUUCCUGGUGGCCAUGUGCCUCCAUCACGCGCUCCUCCUCUGGCUCUAGCCCCCUGCUCGGGCUUCUGGGCCCGUGGCCCUGCCCCAGGGGUCUAGCGGAGGCCCAGCAGCGGCCGGCGCAGAGCGGACCCCGGUGGGAGAGGCGGGGAGCCAGCCACUCUCUUCCUUCCCUACCUCCCACUACCUACUUCCUGCCCUGAGGCGACCCACACCUUGGGACUCUGGACAGAGGGACGGACGGGCAGAGGGAGCCGGCAGCUGUCCCUAAGGCCUCACCUCCUCCUCCUCCGAGGGGGUGCUGGACAUGGAAACGCUGGAGCCGCCCCAUGAAGGCUUCUCUCCUGCUCCAUGAGCCUUCUUAACUUAAUAAAAUGUUCCCGCAG